AGCUAGUUUCGUCCUUUUAUCGGGAAAGAGAACACAGAUUUUUUUACAAGCUGUUUUUACUGGAGUUUUAAUAUAGAUUUAGAUUUCUAAAUUUGGAAAAAGAGCACAAACUGCUGAGUCAGCUAAGAGAGGAAAGGCGUGAUAAUGAGAAGAAAAUCUUCACCCUCCUAGGAAAGAAAUGUCUUCUCUGGGAAUAUUAUGGCUGCUUUUAUUGCAACAACCAGGUGCUGCUCUGGGGUACGUACUUUUCACCCAUUCAGCUAGAAUGGGAUCAAAUACAACUAUUCCUUGCAAGUUUAAUGUCAAUGCUGUCCCAGCAGCACAAAGAACUUUCUCAGUCCUAUGGCAAUUUCAAGAAAAGGAAAUCUUCAGGUAUCCAAAUAACCCAGGGGCCCUUAAUUCCAGACUAUCGAUAGAUCAAGAUACAAUAAAAGACGGAAUUGCCGAUUUGUACAUGUCUGGUGUAUCUAUAUCGGAUGGUGGACUUUACAAGUGUUCUAUGGCUCAAAUCCCAGGGGAGAAGGGAAAAGAGAUCAGACUGGAUGUCUAUGCCCCUCCAAGGAUUAACAUACCAGAUAAAAACAUUAUUCAAUCUAAAGAGAAUAUCCUGAGCUGUGCCGUUUCUGGAUUCUACCCGGUGGACAUCGACAUUAAAUGGCUUCGGGAUGGAAUAAUACUGAACAAUAUUACAUUGGAGAGACCUCAGAGAGACCCGGGUGGGAUGUACAGUGUGAAGAGCUCAGUAACAAUAACACCCACUGAGGAGGACAGGAAGCGGAUCUUCUCCUGUAGAAUCCAACACGAGUCUCUUACUGCACCUCUCCAGGAAGACUUCCAACUGGUGUAUGGGGAUACAAAGAGCUCUACACUCUACAUCAUCGUUAUAUCUGUGAUUGCUGGUGUUGUGAUACUUAUAUUAAUAGCAGGUGUUGCAAUAUUUUGUGUCAAGAGAAAAAAAGGUCAAAAUACCGGUAAGCACCAUGAAGAUAAUCUGGAAAAGCAAAAAGAAAGUUUACUGGCAAAUAACCCAUCGGGAUUGACGCCAUUGCCUUCCCAGUCGGUCAAGGCAGCAGGAGACCCGACACCCGAAAGAAGCCAAAAAAAAGUUGUCAGCGCCAGAGAAGGAACAAGGUUCGAAGAAGACCAUCUGCCCAAAAAAACUCAACAUGGCAAAGAAAAUCUUAAGAGUGUUACAGAAAUAAUUAACCAUAAGUAUACAUCUCAGAUAAACGAUGAAUCCUCAGAAGCAGCAUUACCCAGCUCAGUCCACGGACCGACUGGGAAAAGCGAUCUCUUCUCAGAAAGACAGCAAAGCUGCUCAGAGGAAUCUGUGACUGAGCAGGCUCCUGUAUAUAGCACAGUUCUUCUAGCGCCAUUCCACCAGACAUCAGUUACUGGUCCGGAGCCAGUGCCAGCAGCCACCCAAAGUAACUCACACAUUACCAGCCCACGGGGUACAAAGGACCUCAGACCGAGCAUAGACAUGCACACCAGAGACUCAGGCAGAGGACAAGCAGAACAGCAUCAUACGAUUGGAAAUCAAGGCGGUGAGAAUUCAGCUAAAAGUGCAACAAAAAAUUGGAGCAGAGAUUCUCUAAAGAGUCCUGAAUAUCAAAAUACCACAUCAUUUGAAGGCGGUUCCACUUCCCUGGCCUCGGCCGUCUCCCCGAGUAACAAAACAAUUCACAGAUAAAAAGACAGAACCUUCUAAUCAAGAAAACUCUGAAUCCAGAUCGGUAGCUAACCUAAGAAAAUUUUUGAAAUGAAAUCUUAAAUAUUCCUGCACGGAGACAACAAAGACACUGACUGUGCCCUCCAGGCUUCCACAUCACCCAAACAGGGGUGAGAAAAUCUGCCCGGGUUUGAUCUGCUGGAAAAUGUGAAAUUCUGUGAACCCGAUCCUAGCAGCAAAUUUUAUUGAAGUCUAUGGUGGGGGGGGGGGACGACAAAACCUGUUUGAAAAUUCUGACUGGGUUUUAGGCAAGCUAUUGUCAAAAACAGACUCGGAAGCCGUGCACUACUAUGUGGCACAGGUACCAAUGCAAAACACUCUUUACUGCCACCGCUAUACAUAUUACAGCAGUGGAUGGAUGUAUCAGGAGGUAAACAGGCUCAAUAACCAGCCUUAUGAUUACAUGUUGUAGGGUCAGCUUCUGGCUCUACAUUAGAAAUAACAUCAUUCUAGAAAAAUUUGGAGAUACUAUGGUUUUUGUGCAAUAAAAUUAGUUUGAGAGUAUGUUUAACCGCUUCAGCCCUGGAAGAUUUGACUGUUCAAUGACAAGACCAUUUUUUUGAGAUACGUCACUGCGUCGCUUUAACUGACAGUUGCGCAGUCGUGCGACGUUGUACCCAAACAAAAUU